AUGUGUGACCAGCAUAGUCGACUCGGUCAUGUGCCGUUCGAAUCUUCGAUGAGCAACCAGCCUACCGAUACGAAUAUUAAUCAGCUAUUAACCAUGGCCGUUGUGACUACGAGUCAACCGUUGUUGGAAGUCGCGACAACAACGAUUGUCGUCGACGCAACUCGGACAGUUCCAAAUGUCGCGCCUCCGAAUAAUCCGACCACCAGGCAACUAGCCAGACGAAGGCAACGUCAGCGACGACGACAACGACAAAGAGAGCGACGACGAGACAUGCUACAUCAGCAGCGACAGCGAGAACAACAACGUUGGAUUCCUCGAUCGCCGUCUCGUGAUCCACCACGUACGAGCUACACUCGAGGGCACCAGAGAGAAAGACAUUCACACGAUAUAUUCGAGAACCUAUGGGAGACUUAUGAUCCAAGGCGAGAAGCACUUGAUUCUGCCAUCGAGGAGAUACUGUUGGAUGCAUACAACUCGAGAGCAAUCAAUUCAAGAGAAAGAUGGGAGCAAGAACAACUCAUUGAAUACGAAGGCUUUGCCGUUCUCGAACACCUCCAACUUCUAAGCGAUGAAACUGAACAACAGGAGAAUAUCGAAGCCGAAGAACGAUUCGCACAAGCCAAACAGGAAGAACGAAACGACCAAGAGCUUCUCCUUUUGGAACAAAGCGACCAGAUCGAUUUUCUUCUCCUUCAAAUGAAUCAACCACUAUCGCAUGAAUAA